GAAAGCAAAAAAACGGAUUUUCAAAAAUUCAAAUCCAAACAUAACCGUUGAUCCUUCCUCUCCAGGUUCUCCUUCUCCACCCGUCUCUCUCUCUUUCAGUAUCUAGAACAAUCUCCUCUUGCAAUUAUUCAAUCUUAUUCUGUAAUAAAUGGUUUUCUUCUCUCAUCUCUGUUCGAUCAUACUCCGUAAAUAGAUUUCUCCUUCUCUUUCUGAAGGAGAAUUUCAAUACGAUGAAGGAAAAUAUUCGAGAUAAUCUCAGCUCUAUAAUCACUGAUAAGAGUAGAAACGAAUUGAGUUUGUCUUUAAUGAAGAAAAAAAGGGCUACUAAGAUUGCAAACCGAAUCAAAUCGCUGAUUUCCCGCCCAAUUUCUUCGCAUUCUGCAAAUUUGUGUAGCUCUGUAGUUGACAGGUGUGAUAUUGAAUCUGGGUUUUGUUUUCGGAGAGCAUUGGUCCUGAACUCCUCGAAUUUUAGGAGGAGCAACGCUCCUUCCAGGUUCAUGUUCUUCCAGGAUAAUGCGUGGAGUGAUUUUUCCAAAGAGGUGUUUGGUUUCCUCAAAUCGGGUUUUGUCGCAGGCAUGCCAGCGAUAGAGGUCGCAGUAGAGGGUUCUCCUUAUCUGUUCGAUUUCCUUCGGAUGUUGCAGAUGGAUUUUGAAACGGGCUGCCCGAAGUCUAUUGCUUGGAUCGACGUCAAUGGGCAAUGCUUUUUCCCCAAAUUGGUUGUGGGUGGAGAAAUUCAGGCUCCUUGUGACAUGCCCCCUUUUCCAAAGCUGGAAAUCGAAAUUAAAAUCGAUAGAGGUGUUUUAGAGUCGUCUUGUAAAUCACUUAGACGGAAGCGAGAUCGAUCCAAUUUCGCCGACGAAGGCACUGAUGAGAAUCACUCCAAUGAUUGCAAUAUCCCCAAAAGGGUUGAACCCAAGAUCCACACCGUAGAUUCGGAAAGACCCAAAUGGCCUUGUGUGGAAAUACUGAAGGAUGGGGAUAAGGGUUUCAGGGUUAUCAAGAAUCUUUUCCUUGAUGGUAUUAGGCAAUUCUCUCCAAAUACUUCUGUUACUUCAGUUUGUAGGUGUUUACAUACAAGUCCUCUCCGAAACGCCAAUUUGAAAGCCUUUCAGAGUCAGAUAGAAAUGACAAAGGCCGCCCGUGGUAAUGCGAAUGUUAGGCUGGCUUGGCAUGGAACCUCUGCGCAAGGCAUCGCUGGCAUCUUAACGCAUGGAUUUGGGCAGCCGAAUAGAUUUCCCAGUUCUGAGGCUUAUGGUGUUGGUGUCUACCUUUCCCCGCAGCAUUCUUCACAUGCAAGUGCAUUGUUAUCUGAGGCUGAUGAAAAUGGUGAACGGCAUGUCCUAUUGUGCCGGGUCAUUGUGGGGAAUGCAGAGAAAGUUGAAGUGGGAUCUCUUUGCUUUCACCCCAGCAGCGAAGAGUUUGAUGUUGGUGUUGACGAUCUCUUGAAUCCAAAAUGGUAUAUUGUAUGGAGCACUCACAUGAACAGCCAUAUCCUUCCUGAAUAUGUUGUGAGCUACAAGUCUUCAGAUCAUCUGCAAGGUCUGUGGAGACCUGCAGGUCCAUUGAGAAAGGCGUCUACCUCGCCGAACUUGUCGUUCCAGAAACUAUUCUCUGAGAUGAGAAAUUCUCUUCCUUCCUCUAGGCUUCAAGCACUGGAGUGCCUGUACACUCAUUACAAGGGGAGAGAAAAACGGAGAGACUGAAGGAAAGGGUGUGGCUACAUGUAGUGCAUGCCCCAUUUAGAGAGAAAGAAGGGUUUUGCUGGUGGGCAACCAUUGCCCACUUUUUCCGGUGCUGUAACAAGCUUUAGGUCUACCUCAUUUUCAGGCUGAUGUUCUAACCUAAGCCGGAGCAACAGAUCUACGGCAUAUGUUACAUAGUCAUCAUGGUGGACCCCACAAAUCCUUUGUUGCAAGGUCUCCCCAUACCUACAUGCAAAGAGUAGGAGAAAUGGGACUGGGCCACUCUCAUCAAUGAGUUGAAAAGAAUAAAAUACCCCUUGAUUGAAGGGCCAACCACACCCAAAAAACUACUUGUUAACACCCUUCCCGACGACUAAUUGAAGGGGUAAAAUUGGCCAAAUGUUACUCUCACAUUAUUUAUAGAUAGAUGAGAUGAACUUAUUUUCUAAGUGUCACCCAAACAGACCCUAAGAUUAUAUGAUAUGGCUCGACUUGCUUUCUUACGCUUCAA